AGCCCUGUACAUGGAAAUAUAAAGCUUCAAAAUGCUCAAUGGCAUAUUGUUGCAGCAUUGCCCUUUCUACCUUUACAUUAUUGUUCACACUAUUCGUUGCAUUCACAGCACAGGGUUUUUGGAAAAAAUUCAGCGAAUAUCGAGAACAAGCAACAGUUUUUUACAAACAACGAUUCAUUAUUUUGCUGAAAGGCGAAGUGCCAAACAGUUACUACGUAUGGAGUUCGUAUCCAUUGCUUAAUCAUGCUGAAGAAACACAUGUACGAAUAGCGGUACUUGAAGAAUAUGAAAGCGAUUUUAAUGAUGACGGAAAACCUGAUCUGAUCGAAUUAAAUGUCACAUUUCCUAUUGAAGAAAAGGAUAAAAUCUAUGGAGUUUUUUAUAUGUUUUUAUUUGAUUAUCAACUUGAUCAAAGGUCGCGCUUUUCGAUGGAAACCGCAGUGCUUGAUGAUUUGGAGCAUGUGACUGCGUCAUCAUCGUUAACAGUUUCUGGUGAUCUUUGGUUGGAUCAAGCGACUCCAUUCUGGAGCAGUGGCCGGGAUCCAGAUCAUGGAGGGGCUCUGAUCAAUGAAUCCAGUUUAGAUUUAGCUCAGUAUAAUCCUGUCGCAAUUGUUUCACGUAAUUCUUUUAGGAAUUUCACAACAACUUUGAAAAGGCAGUCAAUUGCAUGGACGCCUAAACGAGCCAGCAACAAUAAUUUUAUACUACAUCUAUCGAUACGGAUCCUUGAACAACAGCUAUUUUACCGAACAGGUCUACUGGAACUCUUGAAAUGGGCAUGGAUUCAAUAUUUUGCCUGUUUCAUUAUCGUUCAUUAUUUUGUUAACAAAUUACGACAGUUUUUGUUUGAAAACCAGGUCUUCAGUACGAUCAUUGUCCGACGAAAUCACUUUGAUGAAUAGGAGGGAUAGUGAGGAUUGGCGAUGACAAAGAGAAAGAUUAGAUAAAAGAGGAAGGGCA